CUGGCCAGCGACCAUCUUGUGAAAAGUACUACGAGUGUGGAGAGGAGUUGGCUUAGGAAUUGUACAAUUACUUCUGCGGCGAACAGUUAAAAAGCAUUAAAAAUGUCGAUUUUUUCCGCCCGCCUGGCGUCUUCGGUCGCCCGUAACCUGCCCAAGGCUGCCAACCAGGUCGCCUGCAAAGCCGCCUAUCCCGCCGCCAGUCUUGCUGCCCGCAAGCUCCAUGUGGCCAGCACGCAGCGUAGCGCCGAGAUCUCCAACAUCCUGGAGGAGCGCAUCCUGGGCGUCGCCCCCAAGGCUGAUCUGGAGGAGACCGGCCGUGUGCUGAGCAUCGGUGACGGUAUCGCCCGUGUCUACGGUCUGAACAACAUCCAGGCCGAUGAGAUGGUGGAGUUCUCCUCCGGACUGAAGGGCAUGGCCCUUAACUUGGAGCCCGACAACGUCGGUGUUGUGGUCUUCGGUAACGAUAAGCUGAUCAAGCAGGGCGAUAUCGUCAAGCGUACCGGUGCCAUCGUGGAUGUGCCCGUCGGUGAUGAGCUGCUGGGUCGCGUCGUCGAUGCCCUAGGAAAUGCCAUCGAUGGCAAGGGCGCCAUCAACACCAAGGACCGUUUCCGUGUGGGAAUCAAGGCCCCCGGCAUCAUCCCCCGUGUGUCCGUGCGCGAGCCUAUGCAGACCGGUAUCAAGGCCGUCGACUCUCUGGUGCCCAUCGGUCGUGGUCAGCGUGAGCUGAUCAUUGGCGAUCGUCAGACUGGUAAGACCGCUCUGGCCAUCGACACCAUCAUCAACCAGAAGCGCUUCAACGAGGCCCAGGACGAGUCGAAGAAACUGUACUGCAUCUACGUUGCCAUUGGCCAGAAGCGUUCCACCGUCGCCCAGAUCGUGAAGCGUCUGACCGACUCCGGCGCCAUGGGCUACUCCGUGAUCGUGUCGGCCACCGCCUCCGACGCUGCUCCCCUGCAGUACUUGGCCCCCUACUCCGGAUGCGCCAUGGGAGAGUACUUCCGCGACAAGGGCAAGCACGCCCUGAUCAUCUACGAUGAUUUGUCCAAGCAGGCUGUGGCUUACCGUCAGAUGUCCCUGCUGCUGCGUCGUCCCCCAGGUCGUGAGGCCUACCCCGGUGAUGUGUUCUACCUGCAUUCGCGUCUGCUGGAGCGUGCCGCCAAGAUGUCCCCCGCCAUGGGAGGUGGUUCCCUGACUGCUCUGCCCGUGAUCGAGACCCAGGCUGGCGAUGUGUCCGCCUACAUUCCAACCAACGUCAUCUCGAUUACUGAUGGACAGAUCUUCUUGGAGACCGAGUUGUUCUACAAGGGUAUCCGCCCUGCCAUCAACGUCGGUCUGUCCGUGUCCCGUGUGGGUUCCGCUGCCCAGACCAAGGCCAUGAAGCAGGUUGCCGGUUCCAUGAAGCUGGAGUUGGCCCAGUACCGUGAGGUCGCUGCCUUCGCCCAGUUCGGUUCCGAUCUGGAUGCCGCCACCCAGCAGCUGCUGAACCGUGGUGUGCGCCUCACUGAGCUGCUCAAGCAGGGUCAGUACGUGCCCAUGGCCAUUGAGGAUCAGGUCGCCGUUAUCUACUGCGGUGUGCGCGGUCAUCUGGACAAGAUGGAUCCCGCCAAGAUCACCAAGUUCGAGAAGGAGUUCUUGCAGCACAUCAAGACCUCCGAGCAGGCUCUGCUCGACACCAUCGCCAAGGACGGUGCUAUCUCGGAGUCGUCCGAUGCCAAGCUGAAGGACAUUGUUGCCAAGUUCAUGUCCACCUUCCAGGGUUAAGCAUCAGCAGCAAACGAAGAAUAGGAGUGCCGAUGCGUGCAAUUAACAUCAUAGAUGGCUCGAAUAAUGCUGCCAUCCCUGCGCGCCAUCAACAACAACAAAUAACAACCUACAACUUAAGAUAAACAGAAAUUAUAAAACAAAAACAAGAGAAAACUCCUUUGCACAUUCAUGUUUUCCUGCGCAUCCCACCGGGAUCGCCUUCAAUCCGUGGUCCGGUGCCAUUAUGCCGCAAAAUCUUGGGAGAGAGAGAGCCGGCCCUGGCGACGGACUGGACGGCGAGCCCCAGCCGGAUGCACUUUCGAGUUUCAGCGAAAAAUCCUUGCGGUUCAUCCAACCUCCUAAACGAUAGAUAAUCCCCCGUUCUUCUACCUUAAAUAUGUAAUCAAUAUUUGAAAUAUUGUAAUCGAGAAUAGUCGAAAUAAUGUCUGAGGAUGAUUGUGAAACGAUGAUGAAUUAAAAACGAUACUAAAUUAUACUCUAAA